AUGGAAUUCUGGGGAGCUGAAGUUCAAGCAGGGAAGCCUCUUAUUGUGAGGCCUGAUGAAAACGACCUCAUCCACAUUUCUCAGGCUUCUCUUGACUUUAAAGGCAAAAAGGGAGAAUCUGCUCUCCUGUUUGUUAAGGUUGAUGGGAAGAAACUUGUGAUUGGAUCACUCUCUCAAGAAAAGUGUCCUCAGAUCACCUUUGAUCUUGUCUUUGAGAAAGAGUUUGAGCUUUCACACAGCUUGGAGAGAGGAAACGUCCACUUUCUCGGCUACAGAUCUCCCAACCUUGAUGGAUAUCCUUUGAGAUAG